CCCCCUCGGAGAAAAGAUCUCACACUAGCUCGAAAGCAGGGAGGAGAUAGGAAGUCAGACAUAUCGAGUUGAUUAACUAGCUAGCGAGAAGAAACUAAGAUUACAUCCAUCCCCUUCAUGGCCGGCCUGAGCGUGCUCCUAGAGACACCCGAGAGCAGCUGCAUCAGGCCCCAGAUCGUCAGCAAGGCCACCCUCCAUAGCCCCAAGACCCCCUCCUCGUCCUCCCCGUGGUCGCCGGCGGCGCCGCCCGCCCCGAGCGCUACCGGCUCCUUCCUCCAGCGCUGCUUCCUGUGCCACAAGGAUCUCGCCGAGAACAAUGACAUCUACAUGUACAGAGGUGACAAGGCGUUCUGCAGCGUGGAGUGCCGUUGCAGGCAGAUCUUCAUCGACGAGGACGCCGGCAGCAGCAGCAGCUUCUGCAACAACGGCGCCUCCGCGCGCUCCGGCCGCCGUGCCAGUGCCACCGGCGGCGGCGGCGUCGUCAGCUUCGCGUACUGAUGUGCCCCACCACCGAACAACCGGACGCACAUACAUGAACGUAGCGUACGUGUGCGAAAGCAACAAGAAAAAGAAAAGCGAGCUGUUUUAAGUAGAGCUGGUACUAGUAGUACGUGACAGCUCGUCGGCGCGGGGCCCGCGCACGGGGAGCGUACGUGUCUCGCGGUCGUACCUAACGGAUAAGACGGCCGGACAGCUGGCCCCACCUGACCUGAAGCGGAUCAGGAUCCUCCAGUGAAAUGACGACACUUUUUUUAUAUCUUCUUUAUUGUCA